CGCAGUGGGUGAGUGGAGAAAAAAGUGGGAAUGGUGUGUGUCUCUGAUGGCUGUGUUCUGAUCAGAAGGUUGCCAGUUCAAAUCCCAUGCUUGACAAGCAUGAUUUCAUUGUUGGGUUCCUGCGCAAGGCCCUAAAUUGUUUUAGGGACUGUCUGACCCUGAUUUCUCAAUUGUAUGUUACUUUAUAUCAAAGCAGAGAGUAAAUAAACAUGAAAAUGAGAACAUUAAAUCAGCCAUAGAAGAAUUUAUAACAUAUAUGACCACCUCUGAGCAUUCAUGCAGAUACUGCAAAACAUCAACAUAGCAGCUGAGAAGUGUACACACCCUCAAGUGAAAUUAAAUACACCAUAAAAUUAAAGAGAUCCCCAUAAAAUUAUUACACAAGUGAUAUGAUACACAUAUGCCCUUUCCAUAUCAUAUAAAUACCAUGUUUUUGCCUCACUGGUUAGUCCAGUUCUGCCUCUUUCAUUGUAUACCAAAAAUUGCUUGACACCUCCCUUUAACAUUCCAGCUAUAAAAAGAAAGGGGGAAGAAUGUAAGGUUAUUAUUUUUUUAAGAAGGAGCCCUGAUGGAACACAACGUUGUUAGCAGCAGUACGAUUCAACUCUCUUAGAUUGCACUCAUCUUGGGCUUUUCCAGAAGGUUUUCUUCUACCCUGUAAUCCAAGGUUCCCCGUCAGACCUAUCCUAUUCCAUCGAGUUGUCAGUGUGCUGGAGCGCAGUCCAGAUGUUUUUGCUAGUGCGAGUCACUUUAGUGGCUCUCAUGUUGAGCAAAGUUUGUGAGUCCACCUCUCUGGGCGCAGUGGUCAACACGAUGCCCCUGGGAAACAAGGAUGACACAAAGGUGAUGGCCCUGUACAGCAUACUGGCACCUCUGCCCUGUCCCUCACUCCUACAAAUGGCAAACACUGGGCCAGGCUACGUUCCCCCACUCCAGGGCCAGUUCCCUGCUCCAGGCUGGUGUCUCAGUCAGUGGCAGAAUGUGACGCCCAACGUCUACACGUCUACCGUGAAUGUGGAGAACGUUAAUGAGACACUUCAGAUAUGGUCAGGACCGUCUGUUCACCCUGGCACCCAUGCUGUAAACCAAGCCCCCACUGUGGCUCUGCCGCCUCCUAUCAGGGUCAGUACAGGAUGCGCUCGCCAUGUUGCCCUGAGUGUGAAAGACGCAGAUGGUGACCAGAUCUGCUGUCGCUUUGCGGAAACAUCACCCACAUUCCUGCAGCUCAGUCAGGACUGUCUGCUGUCUUAUACUGGAGGGGGGGAUCCGGGCCAGUAUGAAGUGAAGAUUACAGUGGAAGAUUUCCCCAAAACUGGCCUUGUAGGCAUCUAUGACAAUACUACAGCACUGAGCGCCACUCCCCUGCACCUGUCCAUCACAGUGACAUCUGGACUGGGACCCUGCACAGCCGUACCUGUAUUUACACAACACACUCCACCAGAUGGCUUUCAGUUCACAGUGUUACCCUUUGAGGAAAUCAACAUAACAGUCACUGCUCAGUUAGAAACUGAUGUUGUGUCAGAGAUAGCUGUUGUUGGUCCUCCUGGCCUCUGGGUGUCACCACUUGAAAGUGAUAAGAAUGUAAAUGCUGAGGCAUCGAUCAAUAUUAUCUGGGUCAGAGCCUCAAAUCAGCUCCCUCAGCUGUUACCUAUCUGUUUUACUGCAAAUACUGAGAGCUCACAGUCUGACAUCAGAUGUGUGUGGAUUGACCAAAAGCCUAUGGAUAUUUUACCAAAUGGCACAGUGCUGCUUUGCUUGAAAAAGGAAAUGCAUCUUAUACUUCCAGUGACUUCUCUCCCUCAUCUUUCAUUUACGGACCUUCAGCUCAACCAUCCAUCCUGUCCCAUUUACUACAAUGACACCCAUGUGACAGCAGUGGUCUCCUUGACAGGAUGUGGUACCAAAGUUGUGCACUCAGGGUCAGACCUGAUUUACACAAAUACAUUACGGACUGUGAACCAUCUGUCUACCAUCAGCCGUCAUCCCUCACUUGUUCUCCUGCUGGCCUGUCGCUUCAGUGAGAGUCUGGUCAGAGAUAACCCCCAGCUCGUAAACCUACCAACAGAGAAGGAGACCUUCGGUAUUCCUCAUUUCAGCGUCGAGUUCUACAGACCUGGUGAAGGGCCCCGGAGUAUGGGGACAAACAUGAACACCCGUCAGCGAAGAGCCAGGGCCUCUGUCCAGCGUGCAGGCAGGGUGGAUGUCUUGGACAUGUAUGUCUACUCCAAUUGCAGCGUGGGCCGUGCUGAGCUGAUUGUGCAGACGUGUGUUAUGUCGAGCACACCUACAUUUGAAGUCACUCAACCCAUUAUAGAGGACGGCUGCAUGAAUACCAGUGGAAUAAUGGAAAUGGUAUCCAAUGACCCCAAACUGAAUAUAUACGAAAUGAACUUAGCUUCCUUCAAUAUAGAAGGAACUGUGAUGUAUGUAAGGUGUGUGGUACAUCUGUGUAUCAGCAUUCUGGCCUCUCAGACCUGCCCAUCACUCUGUCACCAAGCCAAGCAGGACGUUUUGCUCGACACCCUGGUGACCCGCGACUACACCAUCUACUCAGCCCCCAUCUCAUUGGUCAGCUCCCCAUCUAUCCAAAGUCCUGUCAUCACACCAGUAAAUGCUGUGCCUGUGACCCAGGCCAUAACCAGCACAAAGACCACCACGCUGUCACAUGCUCCAGCAGGGAACCCUGUCAGUGUCACCAUCAUAGCUCUGGCAACCUUUUGCAUGCUUCUUACUCAGUGACCUCGUCGCAGCUGCCCAUUUUCUUUCCACUGCACCCUUCUAACAAGUGGACGAGGUCUGUGUUGAUGGUCUUCCACUCGCUCUUCUGGCUGGAUUUGGGCCACAGACAUUCUCACCCUGGAAUAUACCCAUGCCUUUAGGAAAGAAAAAAUCCACUGAUUCUGGAUGGAGGUAUAACCAGGUCAUUCAGUAGAUUCAGGUACUCAGAUGACUUCACCUUAUUGCUGCAUAAUGUAGCUGAGCUGUAAUAAUAAUCCAGUCAUUGGUUUUAACUAUUUGCUAAUUUAUAUUCAAAUGGUGACCUUUUUUGCCCGGGAAGUGUAUAAAAACCGGUGACUCUUUACUCAUAAAUAAGCAUUCAUUCUUAUCAACGAAAGUUUCCUUGGUUUUCAAAACACAAGUGCCUGUCUGUUGAUGGUUUCUAUGGUGAAUUAAGACUUGCUGCUUCUAGUGAGCAGCCUGUCCAGACGUUCUAUCCUUAUAGGGACUAUAUUUUUAAGAGCGUAUUGCGAUAUUUUAAAAUAAUUAUAUAUUUUUUCUGAAAUAUUUUUCAAAUUAACAACGGUGGCUUGGGUCAUGUCUAAUGAAAAUGUUUAACCACUGGUCAAAGAAAUGAGCUUUGCUAAUGUUUUUCAGCUUCAAAACAUAAAAACAAUUUCGUUUCAUACAAAUGUGCAAUGACUGGAAUAGUGCUCUCCAUGCUUUGCAUUAUAUGUUUUCAAACACAUCCCUCUGCGCAUUAGGUGGCUUUUUGCUUCAGCUGAUUUGCAUUUAAAAAUGUUUAAUACAUGGUUUACCAUGUAUUAACUGUUACAUAACAUCUGGACGAAUGUUAUUCCAUAAAAAUGAAAAAUUACACACCAAAGAAAGACUUUUUCAUUCUUCUAUGCUGAUAAUUUUACAUCACGCAUGUUCUUUUAUUGCACUCUUUCAGACGUGUGCCCCAGACAUCCUGAACAGGAAACCAUCUUGCACCAAUCUUUCAGUUAUACAUUUUAUGUCCUUGCAAAAAUCUGUGACUAUUCUACACUGGUCAUUAAGGCAGCAGAGAAAAUAAAGACAAAUUGUCAGUAUAAGCCCAACAUAUUAUGACUCGAGUUAAUUGGGGAGGUUUAAUGAAUAAAAUUAAAAGUUCUUAAAAGUUGUAAUUGUUUAUCCUGCCUUGUACCUAUACCAAAAUAUUGCACUUUAGAAUUCAGGCAUGGCACUUUAAUGGGAGGCUCUACAGUUCUCCUGGGUUGAAUGUUCAGUUCCCACCCAUGGCUGUGUAUGUGUGGAUUCGGUUUAUAUUAAAUUGUGGGGAACAAAUGUGCCCACAUUGUGAUAUAAACAUGUUAUUUUGAUGUUGUGGGGACCAUUUUUCUGGGUAGGGCUUAAAAUUGUCAUGUUGUAAUUAGAGAUUUCCCCAUAGAAAUGAAUGGAGAGUCCCUUCAAACAUAUAACUACAAACCUGUGUGUGCGUGUCUUGUGAUGGACCGGCAUCCUGUUCAUAGUGUCCUCCACCCUGUGCUUCCUGGAAUAUGUUCACUGUGACCCUCUGCUGGGCAAACAGUUAACGAAGCUGGAUGAAUAUAAAUAUAGGCCUAACAUAAAAAUAACCUAUUAAACAGUGUAGGAGAAAUAAACAAUGAAGAUUUUCCAUACUGCGUAAAACAGAAAAAUAAUCAUUUUAACUGAGACAAAAUCCAUCAAUUGUCUAGAUCUAUUUCUGGAAAAUCCAUAGCAAAUGAGAGCAGAUGUUCUGACAGCAGACAGCAGUGGUGACAGAUGGAUAAAUACACAGGCAAUUUGAAUCGGAGUAGAAUAAGAGUGGUGCUCCACACAGUCGCUGCUACUUCCUGAAAACCAAACCAAGAGACAGCACUGUCACGAAUUUGCUGCAGAACAAGCCGAAAGCACAUUUUGGCAGCAUAACUUGACAUUUUCAAGAUUCAGUUCUUUAAUGUCAUUGUACAUGAUUGAUGACUUUUUUUUAAAUUUUGCAAAUUGAUAGAGGACAGUUCAAACUAUUCAAACACCAAAUUUGGUGUAAUCCAUCCAUCCCUGUAGCGCCUCCAUCAGGCCAAAUUUCAAGACAUGUUUUUGAUCAUACCUUUUGAAGCAUCUGAAUUUUUCCAAAAAUCUACUUUUGUGAAAUCAUGCCACCAAACAGGAUGUGAGGAACAUAUUUCUGAAAGCUUUGAUUUGUCAAUGCCAAAUUUGGAAUUUGGACUUGAGAUCCAAUUCUGAGCAAGCUCAAUAGAAAGGGUGUCAUUCCAUUACUAAAGUGUGCUGCAAUAAGUAAUAAUACCUUUUGGCUAAUAACUGUUGAAGGGUUUGACAUAGAAAAACUAUUCCUAUGUUGCUUAACACCAUGAGAGGAGCCCAGUCUGAAACACCAGUCUGAAAUGUCCCUGUUUUGCCAGCAUAUUUUGCUGGCCUUCCUAUAUGCUCCCAUAUGGUCCCACAUAUAAUCCCACAAAGCCUCUGGUACCUAGUUAGUCUCCAUCUCCCUCUUAGGUAGAACUUAAAAAUGUGUCUUAUUACUCGGUAUGUCACUUCCCAUACUUGAUCUGCUGAUGUUGCAGGUUUUCUUGAAAAUUUGUUAUGUAUGUUAGUUUGUGUAUAUCUUCUAUGUUCCCAUGAUCUUGUAUUUCCUCUUUUUGAAUUUCUUUCCAUGCCAUCUAUGUUAUAUUUAUAAUUAUUUCUGUAACUAACAAAAGCAUUUAAUGAAAUCCAGUGGAAGAGUUACUGAGAUGAGAGAAAGUGACAGAAAUAACCAAAAAAUGAGCAGAAAUAUACAUCUUAUCAUACAAAUCCACUAUUUAUUGUAGGUCACAUGCAAUAAAGUUGAAAGAUUUAAAUAUA